CAAGCCAUGACAAUGAAGAACACAAACCCACACACACACACACAAACCUCAACCUGUAUUGCUAGGGUGCAAAGUUCAGUGCAGGACUCAAGCAGAAGGAUUUUACAUUGACACUGAUAUUCUAAACUGCUAAUCAUACAGGCGUUGUGCGAUGUGAUUUCCUAAAAAUGGCUUCCAUAGUCUCUCUCCCAGAGGAGGAUCUCUCCUGUUCUGUGUGCCGUGACAUCUUCAGGGACCCGGUCAUCCUGUCGUGUAGACACAGUAUCUGUAAAGUCUGCUUGUUGGAACUGUGGAAACAUAAGGACGUGCUGGAAUGCCCUCUCUGUAGAAGAAGAUCAUCGCUGGAGCUUCCAUUUGAUCUGAAUCUGAAGAGGCAGUGUGAGGCUGUCUUACAGGAGAGGGGUCGGGAAGAUACAACUGAGUCUGAGGUGCUCUGCAGUCUGCAUAGCGAGAAGCUAAAGCUCUUCUGUCUAGAGGAUAAACAGCCACUGUGUUUAAAGUGUAAGGCCUUAAAAAAACACACCAACCACAGCUUUUGUCAGAUAGAUAAAGCUGCCGAGAAUUAUAAGGUAUGAAAAAAAUAACAUUGUAAUGAUUAUAUUAUUUGUUACUUAGAUGGUUUAAGCUGGUCACUGGUGGGUAAUUGUGUUGUUGGGGAAACUGCAUUGAUAGAAACGUUUUUUUAAAGGUGUACGAUUUUAUAUUUUCAAGUUUGUAUUUGAGGUCAGAAAGUUCAAAGGUCCAUUUCAUGAAAAUGUGUAAAACAAGUUGUCCGUGUUUCAUGUGGGUAUUUCAAAAAUAGCUCACUACAACCACUACCAAUUUUAGGAGAAACUCCAGACUGCACUAAAACCCUUACAUGGAAACCUGAAGGCCUUUAACAAAGUUAUACAAUCCUGUGAUCAAACAGCAGAGAAUAUUAAGGUAAGAAUGCUGAGUAAUGUAACAAUGUUAAAGUACAGUAACCUACCCCUUCACAUAAACUCUGUGGUCUAUCAAAUAUUCCUCUUACUGUCUCCAGAGCCAGGCUCAGCACACAGAGAAGCAGAUUAAGAAGGAGUUUGAAAAGCUUCAUCAGUUUCUAAGAGAUGAAGAGGCAGAGAGUAUAGCUGCACUGUGGGAGGAAGAGGAGCAGAAGAGUAAGAUGGUGAAGGAGAAGAUUGAAGAGAUGUGCAGAGAGAUAUCAUCACUUUCAGACACAAUCAGAGCCAUAGAGGAGGAGUUGAGAGCUGAAGACAUCCCAUUCUUGCAGGUAAGAACUAAUAUCCAUGUAUACAUUAUUUGUGAUACUUGAUUAACUAAAUUGAUCUCAUUGAUUUUAGUGAUUACAUUGAUUGGUAAUUUGCUAUUUUGUUUUUUUUCUACAGAACUACAAGGCCACAGUGAAAAGGUAAGUUAGUUGUGUCCUGUCUCUAUCUUCUCUGUGGUUCUGAACCCAACCCCACAGCAUCAAUGACUCCUAAAUGUUUUCCAGAACCCAGUACACAGUGCCGGAUCCAGAGAGGGUUUCAGGUCCACUGAUCAAUGUGGCAAAGCACCUGGGCAACCUGCAGUUCAAAGUCUGGGAGAAGAUGCAGGAGAUUGUUCAAUAUAGUAAGUAAUUAAACAAUAACAUUUUGGCCCAAUGAACACAACUUCUAUAAGACUUUGGCCAGGAUUCAAAUCAAAGAUAAAAACAGAUAAACAAAUCAAAGAUAAAAACAGAUAAACAAAGUAUCUCUCUCUGUGAAUCCUGAUGCAUUACUAUAUUCGAAUGGGUCAACGUUUCCAAAUGUUUACAAGCUAGAGGGCGCUGUGGUGUUAUUUAAAAUGUAAAAAAAACAUUGAAAGCAGAAACCCAGCCCUUGUCAAUUUUAAUCUGUAGUUGUAAUCUAAUCUCUAUGUUCAGCUUCUGUGACUCUGGACCCUAAUACUGCCCACCCACGUCUAUGCCUGUCUGAAGAUCUGACCAGUGUGAGAGACAGUGAUCCUAUACAGUCGCUUCCUGUCAACCCAGAGAGGUUUGAUCACCUUCAGUUUGUCCUGGCCUCUGAGGGAUUUAACUCAGGGACACACAGCUGGCUUGUUGAGGUUGGGGAGAGUGAAAACUGGACCAUAGGUGUGAUCACAGACUCUGUCCAGAGGUCUGGAUUGAUAAAGAGUGGAUACUGGAGUGUUGGAUAUUAUGAAGGUAAAUACUGGGCAUUAUUCCCACCUGAUCCACCCACUGAUAUCACAUUGAUACAGAAACCUAAGAGGAUCAGAGUGCAUCUGGACUGGGACAGAGGAAAGCUGUCAUUCUCUGACCCUGAUAAUAACACACGUCUACACACGUUCACACAACAUUUUACAGAGAGAGUCUCUCCAUUUAUUGGUAAUUACUGUGAACUCCACUCUCUAAAGAUCUUACCACUGAAGGUCUCUGUAACAGUGGUUUAGCACAGUUAGUUGGUACUGCUUCCGUCUAAAUCAGUGAUCAAAUUCACUACAUGUAAUCAAUCUAAUUACUAUAGAGAAAUAAUGUUUUCAAUGGAAUGGACCAUUCCUUUACAUGGGCCUAUUGAGAAUCAAUACUGAUGUUUUUGGCCUAUUUGCAUAUUUGCCACCUUUAAUUUCUAAUAAACUGACUGAAUUCACUCUCAUGUGUGCAUUCUUUCAGCUACUGUUGUCAAUGAUUCAAGCAAACAUUUUUAACAGCUUAGUCUGUCAUAACAUCAUAUAUUUGAUCAGGAGUUUAGGAGCUUCUCCAGACCUCUGAUGGUACCAGGUAAUACUGUGAGCCAGAGUACUGACUAACUUUACUACUGGCGCUACAGUCAAUAGAGACAGUUUGACCAGGCUGGACUGACUGAGCUGCAGACUGAGUCAAUACAUACUGACCCCAAGACCCU